UCUGCACAGCCGCUGCCCGACAUCCCGCGCUACCCGUGGAUGUCUAUCACUGAUUGGAUGAGCCCCUUCGACCGCGUGGUCUGCGGUCCGAAUGGCUGCCCUCGACGACGAGGCCGACAAACUUAUACGAGGUUCCAGACAUUAGAACUAGAAAAGGAAUUCCAUUUCAACCACUACCUGACCCGUCGACGCAGGAUAGAGAUCGCGCACGCGUUGUGCCUCACGGAGAGGCAGAUAAAGAUUUGGUUCCAAAAUCGACGUAUGAAACUCAAGAAAGAGUUACGCGCAGUGAAAGAGAUCAACGAGCAGGCACGCAGAGAGCGUGAGGAGCAGGAUAGAAUGAAGCAGCAGCAGCAGGAGAAGCAGGCGAAGCUGGAGGGGCAGCAUCACGGCCACCAUGUGACCCACCACCACGACUCCAUGAAGAUGCCCAUCGAUAAGGGCUCCAACGACCUCCUUAAAGUGAAUAAGGUGCCGACGUAAGCCGUUUGGCCGAAGCACUAGGCAAUCUUGACUGAUACUGUAUCAUAGUGUGAUUACCUGAAGUGUUGCGUCCACGGGGAGCGCGCAACGGUUGUCGUUUCGUAUCCACUAGUUCUUUAUGUUUUGCGGCUGGUUCAAUAGGAGUGUCGUCUCGUUGUAGGGGCGUUUUGACUUCGUAUCAAUGUUCCUUUAGUGCGAAAGACUCGCCUCUGUGUUCGCUAGUGGACGGCUGGUGAUGUGCUUUAAGCAUUUAUUUUGUUGCCAUAACUACACCAUGUAUUGCAAUAAUAUUUUAUCUAAAAUAUACAAACGCGUUAGUGUCGCCCUAAGGAUUACAUAUAAAUUCCGAGUGGAUUUCGGUAUUGUUAGUUAAGAUUUUAAAUCUGUGAAUCUCAUAGUAUUUAUUGCUACCACUUACUCUAAUUCAUUACGUUAUAUUUUUUUUUACUAUUAGAUUAUUAUUAUUAUAUUAUGUACAUUUUGAUGUAUAUUUUAUUAUUUGUCUGCUGUUAGCGGACCAGUUAUGUUUGGAAGGGUCACAUUUUUUUUAUAAUUGUAAAGUUUGUUGUAUUAUUGUCCGUUGAUUUCGAAGAGUUGCUUUAUUCUUUUGAUCAGUGAUUUCCUUCCGUCGUUAAGUUCGUAAAUUGUUGAUUCGCUUUGAAAAUUUUAGUUUUAAUUUUACUUUUUUUAUAUCAACAUAUACAUGAAUGUAACAUACAUAAUUAUUCUAUAAGAACGUUAAACGUAUAUUUUUAACAAAAAUACGUAUCGAAGUACAAUCGCUGUUAAGUCUACGUUUUAACAAAUCUUAAUUUUGUAUUUCUGUCUUCAGAACAAAAGGUAAAUAUUUAAAAUUACGCGAUAUUUUUUGAUAUCAAUUCUAGAAUAGCACCAUGUCCAGUUAUACAAGUAAUGAAUCCUAACGCUGCAAUGAAGUUGAACGUAUUUGAUGCAGUUUGUGUAAACGUGAGCGGUGCGUCGUCCGAGAGAUCUGAAUACAUCCGAUGUUCAAAAAUUAUAUACGUAACAAUGAUACAUAUAAUAAACAAUAAUGUGACUAAAUUUUAAAUUUUACAAGUAAUUUUAAACAUUGAGUAGCUUAAGUGUAAUAUACUUUAUAGGUAAUAUAGAAUGGACUUUGUAUGAAGUAUUUCCUAAGAACUUAGUUACACUUUGUGUACCUUCGAUAGUUUUAACUUGAUCCUUUGCUUGUAUCACCUCGAUUUCAAUGCUUCGAAUCUUAUAGCUUUGUGAGACAAAUUUAUGAAUGAACAAAUGCUUAUAUAUAUAAUCUUCCUUAUCUCUAAGUACUACAAUUUAUAACCAACUUUAACCUUUUUCUUCAUUAAAAUAUUUUUUUUAAGUCGACGCUACUCACACAACAUUUCUUUAAUAAAACAGACUCUAAUGAUAAACGCGUCUGAAUAAAUUCGCUUUCAAUGCAAUGUUGUGCCAAAAUAUGUUUAAAAAAAUAAUUUAGCAUUGUAAAAUAAUAUUUUUAUUUAUAAACACCGGUAUUUAAUGCGUCAGACUCAUGCAGAUCUUUGUGCAAGGUAUUUCCUUUUAUACGUAAUAUCUAAACAAAAAAUUAGUAUUCUAAUAUUAGUGUUAAUAGUCACCCAUUAUACGUAAAUUAAUGUCAGGGUAGAGUAAUUGGAAAAUUAAUUAAAACUCGUAUGUAAAAUUGGAAACUUUGCUUAAUUUUUAUAAAACAAUCGCAAUAGUCUUCUGUCCACUAUCUUACUUGUGUCAUGAAUUAGCAAAAUAAUGUUUAUGAAAAUAAAUAUCGGGAUAAGAGAGUGCGUAGAUUUAACAAUGACACUUUUUUUUUGUUGUCAUCUAAAUAAUCGAAAUUAUUUUCAAUAUCUAAGACAGUCCAGUCAUAAAACAAGAUAGGAAAGUAUGCGUUUGAAUUUAUAAGUCAUCUUAAUAUUUCAUCAACAGUUAAUCAAGUCUUUGAAAUAGUUGUCAUCACGAAGUCAUUUAAAUACGAUAGUUUUUUUUAAACAUACAAUUUUUAUUCUAUCAACACAUUUCUCAAUUCCUUUUGACUGGAAUGAAAAAAUAAAAAUUAAAAAUAUAUUAUGUUUAUUUAUGAUGAUACGGUGUCACGUAACUUUACAUUGAAUGUAUCGGCUACCGUCUGGUAUGUGCAAUAAUAAAUUAGAUGUCUUCAUAAAGAAAAUCUACAUAAAGGUCGUUUUAGAAUGCUUACGGAAUAAGGUUGUCUCUAGUAAUAAAUUAUUAAUCCCAUCUUAAUUUUUAACUACGAAUCGAGAAUAAAGAUAAUCGAACAAAAUGUACUUAAGUAAUCGGUGUAAGUAGACUUUAUAAAUUAUAAUACGUAGGUAAUAACGUAGAAAAGUUAAGCGUGUUAAAUCCGAUAAAGUAUUUGUUUGUAAACGCUUAAGUAACUUAGUAUUGUUCGUGAUUAUUGUCUAUGGGGAAAUGGAUAAAAGAUGUUCAUGAAAUUGGAACACACACACUAUUGCAUUAAGGUGUAAUGUUAAAAUUUAUGUGUGUAUACGAAAUUUAAUUGUUAUCUGAAUUCAAUUGAUAAAUUUCGUUUUAAUGUUUUGUUUUUGUCGACAUUUUAAAUAUGGGACUGUGCAAAUCCAAUAUGAUUUUCAUUGUUAUUUUUUAAUGUCUUAUUUGUUAAAGAAUUUCCUGUCAUGUUUGUAGUUCAGCGUAAGCACGUCUAUUGAUUUAUAUCAGGUUUUCAUAAUUGUUCCCCCGUCUGUAAGAACUAUAGAUAAAUCAAAUGAAACAAUGAGCAAUUUGCUAAAUAUGUACACAUUUUCUAUUUUGCAUCGCUGUCUUGCCAUAUUUCUAGUAUUUUGUAGACUUAAAAACCUAAAUAUUCAUCAAUAUUUAUUCAAUAAUCAUGAUUUUUUUAUAUUAAAUAAACGAAUCCGUUAAAUAUUGUCAUAUCAUUUUUUCACACUCAUUGUUUGAUUAAAAUCCCCGCCAUUAUUUGGAUGUGUUAACAUUAUGCAUAUAAGACUUCCGUUCUUUUAGGUUAUGUCGUUAAAAAAAUCGAUCAAUUUUUAUCUUAAUAUAAAUGUAGCUAUUGUAUGUAUGUACGUAUAUCUAUAUUUUUGAAGAUAGAAAUUAAAUUGUCUUAAACUAAGUAACUGUAAAUAGUUGUGGAAAUUUUAUGUGGCGCAUUAUUUUGUUUAUAUUAUUUCUGUUUUUACGUUAUGUAUUUAUGUAUCGGGAUGUCGUAUUACGGUAAACGUGAUGUGUUUUGGACACUUUUUAUUAGAAAUAUUUUAGCUUUGGUUUUACAAAGUAAAUUAAUGUUGUCAAUAAAAUAAUUUUCAAUUUGCUUUAAUCCAAUUUCUUUUUUAAUCUGUACCUUUUAAAUAGUCUGUGUUGUGUCCAUGGAAUCGAUCGCGUUACCGUAUUCGGCCAAUGUGACUUUGUCGUGGUAAAGUUAAGCAAAAUAGUUGGGUGAUUGUAUGAAGCCCGCAUUCAAUAUUGUAAUAUUAAUUUUGACAAUUCAAGAGAAUAAAGAGUUAAUAAUACUAA